UAUCAGAAACGUCACAGUGUUUACCCGGAAAUGAGAACCUGCUCCAACUGCUGCUGUCAAAAUCUAUAAUUGAGCAAUUUCUGACCGUUUUUAGCCCAGCUAAAUUAUACAUUAUCAUAUAGUUUGACUGAAAUUCACUGAUUCGAAAUGUACAGCGGACUGUUGCCGAAAGGUUUAACCGAAGACGACCUCAGUCCAGAUGACGAGGAGGAUGAUGUUGAGGAGAAGAGGGAGGGAGAGAAGUGUGAGAGCUCUGCUGAAAAGUUGAGCUCUGCCGGGGAAAACACAGUCUCAGUAGUGGAGGCUCAUUCGACUCACACUGCCUGUGAUGCAGACAGUGAUUCCCCGACAUGCAGUAUGCCUGGUAUAUCCCAGGAAAUGUGGCAAAAAUUCCAGGAUCUACGAAAGAAAAAUGAAGAAAUUAAGAUAAUGAAGGUCCCCAGAAGAGGAAAAAGAAGACGGCACAAGAAAGGAACAAAGAGUGAGGAAUCUACAGAGACAAGCAGUGAGCAUCAGGAGGAGCAGGAGAAGCACUGGGAUGAGCUUAAGCAGCAUUUUGGUGUAAAUGAUCGAUUUCAUCCCCCUGCAUGUUCCAAACCCCCUCCGAAGUCCGGCCUAGAAAAGAGCAUAGAGGGGGCCAUAGCUGAAGGGGACAUUGCAAAGGCGGAGGAGAUGAGCGACAGACUCGCCACUCGAGAGCUGGCUGUGAAAAUCGCUCAAGCCGCUGAUUGCCGUGACUUUGUGCAAGGCAAACAGGAAGAGGAAGCUUUGAGGGCAGCGCAGAAAAGGAAGAACCAAAUAUCCUGGGGGUUUGAGGCUAAAAGACGAUGGGAAACCAAAAGCAACAUGGGCUUCAUGUGACAAACACGGAGGAAGAGGAGAACCACUGUUUUUUUAAUUCUUUUUAAGUUAAUUUGAUAAAAGUAGGGGUUUUUUUAUGGCGCACUGAUCCUGUUUCAUUUUAUUCUCUUUGUAUAUUUGGAAGACUUCUCAGCAUCAGAGUGUGAGGGUGGAAAAGUCACACAGUUGGCUGAGGAAAAACCAAUCCAGAGAAUACAAGAGAGUGAAAAAAUUAUGGAGCAUUCAAAUUAAUUCCUAAGGCGCCCAUUGGUGUCUGCAUUGUGUUAUUUUUCAUUACAUUUCAGUGAUUUGAGCGUUCUGGCCUUUUUUUCCCCCCCUUCAAAUUAAAUCUGGUGUACAUUA